GGGCCCCCACCUACCACCCCACCCCACGUGCUCUGCUUUCUCCCCAGCCAUGAGGGCAUCGCUCCUGUUUGUGCUGGUCUGCGUGGCCGUCCUGGUGGUGGGAGCAAGGGCCGACACACCCGAGGAGCUGGAGUCGCUGGUGAGGAAGGUGAAGGAGUAUGCCCAGAAAGCCACAGCCAUGGCCCAGACCGCCUUCAGCAUGGUGCAGGAGUCGGAGGCGGCUCAGCAGGCCAGGCGCUGGCUGGCUGACAACACGGACCAGGCGAAGCAGCGGCUGGCCCGGCUGAAGGAGCAGCUGGCGGAUCUCUGGAAGCGGGCACUGGCCCCAUAGCCCCACCGGGGGCUGCAUGGGACCCGGCAGGCUGGGGUCUCCCCCCCCGCUCCCCACCCACUGUCGUGGUUCUCGCAAUAAAGCGGUGCUGAAGCAGG